AGACUUGAACGGAAUCCCCUUGGAGGCAAUGUAGGCACUGAGGCGCGCUGGGCUCAUCGGUCGCCCGCAGCCACUGUCAUUCAGGAAUCCACACGCAUUCUUUCGGCAAUAAUUUAAAAAAAAAGAUGAAAAUGUCCAGCAUCGACUGCCGCCACUUGCGGAGGAUCAUCAGGAAGGAGUGCAGGAGCUGCCUUAUCGUGGACUGUCGACCAUAUUUGUCAUUUACAAACUCCAGCAUCAAAGGCUCCGUCAACGUCAAUCUCAACUCCGUGGUGGUCCGGAGGUCGCGGGGAGGACCGGUACCUCUGCAGUUUGUCAUCCCGGACGAGAGAGCCGUCCUUCGGCUCCGGGAGGGGAGCAUAUCGGCAGUGGUGGUUCUGGAUGACCGGACGUCCCACUGGCAGAAACUGAAGAAAGACAGUGUAGCACAAAUAGUAAUAAAUACCUUAACGCAUGUGGCCAGCGGGGCCAACAUCUACUUCUUAAAAGGAGGAUAUGAAAACUUCCACUCGCAAUACCCUGAACUUUGCACUGAAGUGAAAAGCAUCGAGCAGAGCGGAACUGAAAGCGAGAAAAGAGCCAGUAGUGAGAAGUUUGGUCACCACAAACCAGAUUAUGAGCAGGGUAAACCUGUGGAGAUCCUGCCUUUCCUAUACCUCGGUAGUGCCUACCACGCCUCCAGGCAGGACUAUCUCACUGAUCUUCACAUCACUGCCUUGCUCAAUGUGUCACGCAGAGACAUGCAGCCCACCAAGGGCCACUACAAUUACAAAUGGAUCCCGGUGGAAGACAACCACAUGGCCGACAUCAGCUCCCACUUCCAAGAGGCAAUAGAAUUUAUCGAUCACGUAAAGCAAUCUGGAGGAAAGGUCCUCGUCCACUGUGAAGCGGGCAUCUCUCGUUCCCCCACCAUCUGCAUGGCCUACAUCAUGAGAACCCAGCAGCUGAGACUGGAUGCAGCAUUCGAUAUCAUCAAGCAGCGCCGGGCUGUUAUCUCACCCAACUUUAGUUUCAUGGGUCAGCUGCUACAAUUUGAGUCUGAGGUCCUUUCAACAGCGCCCACUCAUACAGCCGCACCUGAACCCACCACCCCCUGUAUCCCAGAGUCUGCUUCCUUUUUUGCCAAUGACAUCACCACCUCCUUCAACACCAAAAACUUUGAGCCAUCUGUAUUCACCCUUCCUACCUCUUGCCUAAAGUCUCCGGUCCAUCAUCAGUUCAAGCUGAGCCCAAUAACUGCACUGCCUUAAAAAAAAAGAACUGUGACCGCUUGUCGUCUUACUUGAAAAUGUAUCAAAUGUAAAAGCUCCCUGUGUGCCUGGUGUUGAAACCAGCAGACCAGACUGGAGACCAGCAAGUUUAAAUUGAUAGUAGUAAACAUUUCAUAGGAUGACACUGAUGCCGCUGGAGUGGCAACAGCACAGUGAUAAACCUGCAAUAUACAUGCCUUAGGUUGAUGUUGUGAUUUUUAUGUUCAUUCACAAAUACAGUCAGGCAUUUGAAUCUAAUUUAUUGAAAAUUGCAUUCUUUGUGAUUUUUUUUCCAUAAUGUUGAUGUCAAUGUGUUAAAUAAAAGGUGA